CACUCUUUUCGCUCGUAAUUUUUUGUAUGUUUUUUUUUCUGUGGCGCUCUCGUGGAGAAAAAACUAUUGUAAAAUAAUCGCCUCAAUGGCGUUCUAAUUAAAUCGCAAUUGUAAAUAACCAAAAGGCGGGACUGCAGCGAAACCAUUAGCGGCAAAGUGCAACAUGUGCGAUUGGCGAAACAUAAACAAAAGAAGCGAAAUCGGAAGCAGCAGCAGCAACAACAACAUGGCCUCCACUUCUUGAUGUUGACGUCAACAAAGUGAAAUUGAAAUCCAAUCGAAGAAGCUAACUGAGAAAUAUUAGAAGUGCAAAGCGGAAACGGCAGAAAAGGAAGAGGAGAAGAAGCAACAACCGGAAGAGCAACAUCCCAGCAGGUGGAUCCUGCCGAUCCUGUCAACAUGUACUCCGAAUGGGCAUCGCUUUCCGCCCAGAUCACGGCCAAUAGCUGCGGCGCUCAGUGCUUUAGUGUCCUCAACAAGUUUCCCGCCUCCGCCGGCCGCGAGGUGGUCGUCUCCGUGGUCAAGCAGCUGGGAACCAAUCUAGGAAUCACGCAAAAUGCCGAGCCCAGUCAUCUGGUCAAGGAUGAAGAGGUGAAAUGGUGCAUGGACGUCAUUUGUUUUGGCCUCUCGCUGCCGCUGCAGGAACACGAGACCAUCAAGGACUGCGUCAAUGUCUAUUGCGAGUGGCUGACGGCGCUGCAUCCGCAGCCGAGGAUCAGUGUACCCAAGCCCAUAUGCGAGGAUGCCAAUCUGUAUGCUCGCCAGAUCAUCAAUCACUUUCACAACCUGUUUGUGCCACGGCAGGGCGAAAUCUUGCCAUUUCUAUACCAAACCACGCUUGGUGCUGAUACCAUUAAAAGGCAGGCGGUGCUUUGCCAUCGGGUGCUCCGAACACUCCAGCAGACGGCACAAAUCUCUCACCUGAUGGACCGACAGACAUGGGACACUCUGCUCCUGUUUUUGCUGGCCAUCAAUGAGAUUUUGCUGGCACCGCCCACCGUCAAGGAUGACGUGGGCGACCAACUGUGCGAACGGGUGCUCUCCGUGCUGUUUGAGGUCUGGCUGCUGGCCUGCGUGCGGAGCUUUCCCUCGCCGUCGAUGUGGAAGACUCUGCAGGAGUCGUGCGCCAUGUGGCGGCAUCGUGUGGCUCUCGUAGAUCAGUGGAAUCGGGUGAAUCUGGCCCUAACCGCCCGCCUUCUGGAGUUUAGCUAUGGCCCCGCGUUUCCUCAGCUCAAAAAUGCGGAAGAAGAUGGUCAGCUAAUACCUGUUGGCAUGUCCAAUGAUUGUGUGGCCCAGACCUGGUAUCGGUUCCUUCGGAUGAUUGGCAAUCCCACGGCUCUGUGUUCGCCGCAUAUUAUUAGCAAAUCAUCACAUUUUGUUCAAUGGGCAUUGACACAUGAAAAGGGAGCCGAAACCCAUCAGCAUCCGUGUUUGCAGCAACUGCCGCAGAUAUUUCUCAAUGCCAUGAAGGGCAUAUCCAGUCAGGUGGACGCAUUUCUGGGCAUUUAUAUAGCGCCGCCUCAGCAAACGGAGGGCGUGGUGACAAACCUCCUGGAAAUUCGUCACUCACUGAACGAGGCCACCUCCUCGAGUCUGCAGCAGUUUAUCCACUCGAGCAGCGCCACGAAUAUAGCGAAUCAUCAUCAGCAACAGCAACAGCAACAGCAGCAGCAUCAUCACCACCAUCAUCUCCACUAUCCGCACUUGCAUUUACAUGGCGCCGGUAGCUUUCUGCGCGACAAUUUCAUGAGCAACUCGGCUAGCUCAGCUCUCAACGCCAUUAUGGGUCACCAUGGCCAUCACCAUGGUCACCAUCAGCAGCAACAGCAGCUCCAGCAGCUCCAGCAGAUCAACGCCUCGCCCACAACAAGUCUGUCUGCUUCGGGUGCUUCUGCUGUGGGCGGUACCAGUGCCGGUGGCAGUCACUCUGCCGGAGUCGUUGGCAGCAUCUCAUUUGGCCAUACGGAAUCCGCCUCAGUCUCGGCCACGCCCACACCGCCACUGCAGCGACGAUUGGCCAAGAGCUUCAGCGUGGCGCCGACCAUCACACAGCAGAAGGGCCUAAGCAAGACCUCGCUUAUCGGUCUCACCGGCGGCGGUAGCGGUGGAGCCGGUGGCAGCGGUGCACGCAAUGCGAUCAGCAGCAGCAGCAACAUCUCAAGCACUAGCAUUGCCGCCAGCACCAUCACCACCUCCACCACCACCGGCAGCACCAUCGCCUCCGCCAGCAACUCCACUGCCGCUGCCGCCGCCGCUGCUGCUGCUGGCCCUGGGACAACCUUGGGCUCGGGACCAACUGUAAGCCUGGUACCGGGAUCGGGAAGCGGCUCUGCUCCUGCACCGGCGCCCACAACACCCACAUCGACCUCGGGUCCGCCAUCGGCGAGCAGCAGCAUCAACUCUCUGCCACUGACUUCGAUGGGAGCGGGCGUUGAGUUGGCCGUGGCCAGGCCCAAGUGCAACAGCAUUCUCCACGUAUUCCAUGAGUGGCUCUUCGAGGCGGCGCACAUAGGCGGCGACACUUGGCGCCAGAAUCGAAAGAAGCAAGCAUGCGAGGCCAGUAAACGUCCUUCGUCGAUGAUCAUGGAGCAUCGAAAGGGAUCCAUUUCGCUGUCGCAGCCCAACUCACUCAACGAUCCGCAAUCGCUGCCGCCCACGCUGACCAUUGAUAAGUAUGAAUCGGGUCGAGCCGAGGCCAUUGGAACACUUUGCAAGAUCUUCUGUGCAAAGAAGACCGGCGAGGAGAUCCUGCCCGUCUAUCUGGCCCGGUUCUACAUGGCCCUGCAGCAGUGCCUGAAGAUCACCGAGUCGCGGGAGUGCGACGAGACGCUGGCCAGCAUCCUGUUGCAUUCGAGCGAUCUCUUUCGGCUGGAUCUGGAUGGGAUAAAUGUCCUGCUGCCGGGCUUCAUAGCCGCCUUGGAGAUCGUGUUGCCCGACAAGGACCUUAAGCUGAAGACCCAAUCGAUGGCCUUCAAUCGCACAGAGCUACGUCGCUCGGCUAUUAACAUACUGCUGUCCAUUAUGGUGCUGCCGUUGCACUACCAGACGCUGCCCAUCCGGGAUCUGGUGACCAGCGAAACCAGCGAGAAAAUAUUCACCUUCAUUCAGCUCAAGUCUCGGCUUAUGAACAUCCUGAUGAAUGCCUUGCAGGUGGAAACGGAUGCCCAGAAUACGCACAUGCUGCUGGGUGGCCUCUUGCUGUGCGUCCAGGAUGCGGUCACCUUUGAGGAAACGGAACUGGGGGGCGCCAAUCUGUCGCACAAUUCCAGUGGCGUGCAAAACCAGCACCAUGAGGCCAACCUACUGAGCUCUGCUUGCUCGGAGCGUUCCGUUUCGCUGGUCAGCGCUGGCACGGCCAGCCUGAGCGGCCAGACGACGGCCACCAUGGGAGCGGGCUCGGGCUCAAUUCGUGACACGGCCUCCUCGGCCCAUGAUUACCCCAGCCUGACCAUAUCCGAUGACAUGUCGUUUGAGUUUGGCCAGGAGCUGGACAGUGGUACUACCUAUGAUAAUGCUCAUGCCUUAUUUGUACGCGCCACGUAUUUGGUUUGUCAUCGUUUGAUUUCGUCGUGGAAAACGGAUUUGAAUGUUUCCCUGGCUGCCCUGGAACUUCUAUCUGGCUUGGCCAGGCUUCACAUUCGGGAGACAGACGCUCUAGAGUGCAAGCGGGCAGUGAAGUGGAUCUGUGACUAUAUCUGCUACCAAUGCUCCCGGCCACCGCCGGCGCACAGCAAGGAUCUGCAUAGCACCAUUGUGGCGGCCUUCCAGUGCACCGCCGCCUGGCUCAUGCAGCAUCCGUAUCUGCUGCAGGACAAGGACUGCCUCCAGACCGUUCUCGAAGUGGUCGAGCUGGGCAUUUCGGGCACCAAGAGCCAGAGCAAGGGCGGUGACAUACCCAAGUUUAAGGACGAGAAGGAACUGAAGCCCGCCUCGAUGCGGGUACGAGAUGCGGCGGAGAAUCUGCUGACCAUUAUACUGGAGCAGGUGGGCUACUUUCCCAGCGAAUGCGGUCCCGAGUCGAUAUCGUCGCUGCUCGACGAGGUGGCCCUCAUGAAGCACUGCAACUCGAUGGCGCCAGCGGCGGCAACAAGCAGCGAACAGGCCAUCGCCAAGUUCAAAUACUUUGUGACGGAGAACUCGACGAUUCUAGCCCUGCUGGAGGAGCCGCUGGGCAACGACCAGGAUCCCCAGCCAACGGUUACACUGCUCAUCCGUGGUCCAUUUGGACGGCACGCUUGGACAAUGCAGCUGCGUCACUUGCCGCGCAGCAAGUCGGGAAUUAAAUAUCAUGCCGUCAAUCCCGGUAGACCCAUACCCAUGAACGAUGUCACCCAGCGACCGGAGUGCGAGCAGAAGAACUUCCCGGAGGGCGUGGACAAGGUGCAACCCUGUGUGGCAGACUACUCCAUUCCAACUAUCGAACAAAUACGCGAGCAGUAUGGUUCGGGCAGCAUUCGGGAGCUGGAGGCAAUGCUGGAGAACCAGAGCAUUCACGAGAAACUGGCCUGGGCGGAGGCAGACACCAGUGCCGAUAGCCUGUCGCAUGCCCAGGAAUGUGUGCCGCCGGCGGUGUGCCACGAGUUUCAUGCCGCACGGCUAUUCCUCUCGCACUUUGGAUUCCUCGGCUUCGAGUCACGCAAUCCGCACAAUCCAGCCGAAUCGCUGGGCACGCCGCCGCAGAGACCGCUUAUCGUGCUGGACACCAAGUCGACGGCCUUUGCCGCCGAUCUGGAGCGGCUGGACAAGCUGAGUGCGCGGACCCAUGACACGGUCUAUGUGUUCUAUGUCAAGUCGGGACAGACAAGUGCCCAGCAGAUAAUUGGUAACAUGGCCGAGGAACAGUCCUCUGGACGCGAUCCACAUUUUGCCAGCAUGUUGCAGACUCUGGGUUGGCCCGUUCAGGUUGCGGAGCACUCGGGUUGGACGGGCUUUGUCCACAACUCGUGGUCGCUCAAGGGAACGCCCGAGGAGCACGUUAACCAAGCACCCAAUGAGCUCAACUACAAUGGUUCGCAGCGGGUGAUCUAUUGGGCGGAUGUCUCGUCGGAAAUUGCCUUUGUGGUGCCCACGGCGUGGAAUCUGCGGCAUAACAGCGAUACCAACGAUACGGGCAGCAUAUCAUCCAACCAGGAUCAGAUUGGAGGCUCCAGCAACGUGUGGGACACGAUGGACGGCGGCGGAACCGGUUUGGCCAAGUCCAAGUCGAGGAAUCUCAGCCUGGAGCUCGAUACGACGCGCAGUAGAGAUGCCAAGGAACCGGUACCUCCCACUCGCCGGAAAGGCAAUGUGACGAAACCCACGCUGCUGGCCCAGGCACCGGCCAAGAUCUUUCUGGUGUGGCUGGAGAGCUACGAGGAUUACCUGAACUUUCCGCUGGAGGACAUGCUCGCCUAUACGCGCACCGGUGAGGAGCUGCACACGCUGCAGCUGCCCCGCGCCUCCGACUGUCAUGUGAUCUUCGUGCAUUCGCUGCUCUCGGGUCUGCUCCGAGUGAAGUUGCAGGGUCCGCCCGGCAGGAUGAGCUUCGCCACACCGCUGGUCGAUGGCAUGGUGCUUAGUCGGCGAGUUGUGGGGAAUCUGGUGAGACAGACGGCAUUGAACAUAUCACGCCGACGGCGACUGGACAAUGACAACUAUCAACCGCCGCAUGUGCGACGGCGCCUCAAGGUGCAGGACAUUGUCCUCAAGUACAAAAUGGAUCUGAGCGAGGCCGAGCUGUUGGCCCAUCUGUUCCAACGUGCAAUCUAGCCACCAGGCGAUCAAAAGUAUUAUAUAUAUAUAUAUAUAUUAACCAGCGUGGGACUAGCGCCCGAGAAGUGCUCCUCCUUACCCUGUCCUGUCCUGUAUUAACAUGUGUGUGUGCUUAUAACUAAAAACCCACAAAAAGAAAAACUGAUCCGUAAUCGGUGUCCACUGAGUGUCCCCCGAAACACAGACCGUAUGCUAAUUAUAUUAUUUUUUUGCUAAUAAAUCUAAUUUAUACUUUACAAAAGUA